UACUAUGGGCCGUAAGGAACCACCAAUCUUAUACUAUUGUGUGCUUCUGGGCUUCCGGGCCAUACCAAAUAGCUGAACCACCCACCAACAACUACCAACAACCACCGCCAUCACCUCUGCCACCGCCCACCACAUAAAUCCACCACCCCACCUCCAAAAAAACCUAAUUUUUCCAAUACCCAAAACUUGCAAAAGCACAAUAUCUUCAAAAUUCAUCAAACACCAAUAUCCAUGGCUACUCCUUCAUCUCCCCCACCCCUCCUCCUUCCUCCCCCUGAAUCAAAUCAACCCCAAAUCUCCCCAAACCCCCCAAUCCCAUCACCCCAGAAGAAAACUCAACCUAUACCAUGGACCCAUCAAGAAACUUUCAAUUUAAUCCAAGCUUAUCAGGAAAAAUGGUACUCUCUCAAAAAGGGUCAGCUCAAAGCUAGCCAAUGGGAAGAAGUCGCCAUUACAGUCGCAGCUCGUUGCGGCUUCGAUGAGCCGUCGAAAUCCGCCACCCAAUGCCGUCACAAGAUCGAGAAGCUUCGGAAACGUUAUCGGGCUGAGAGACUCAAACCCUACCCGAAUUCCUGGCAGUAUUUUGACCUAAUGGAUCGUAUGGAACGUGGGCCUUUACCAAUUGCUGCUCAUCCUGUUGCAAUGGUGAAAUGCCAGAAUUCGAAUUCUACGUCUGAUCAGAGGUAUUAUGAUACUGAUAGUGAUGAAGUCGAUGUUAGUUUUAUGGAUUUAAGGAAAAAUAAGUGUAAAAGUAUUAAUCAUAUUGUUCGUGGCGAAAUGGGUAUGAUGGGUGUUAAUGUUGUUGCUGAUAAUAGAAAUGUGAAUAGGAUGGUGAAAGAUCGAAACUUUGACCCUAUGAGAGUGAUGAAGAAUUCAAUGAAUGAGAAAAGGAAAGGGUAUUUCGAGAAUGUAGGUAUUAAUAACGACGAUGAUGAUGUUGAUGAAGAGGCGAAUGAAGAGGAAGACGACGUGGAUGGAGAAGGAAGUGUUGGAGGGAUUGAAUUAGCUGCAGAGAUAAGGGGAUUUGCCGAGAGGUUUAUGAGAAUGGAGAGUAAGAAGAUUGAGAUGAUGAAGGAGACAGAGAGGUUUAGGAUGGAAAUGGAGAAAAGGAGAAUGGAAAUGAUUCUUGAAACACAGAGGAAUCUAAUUGAUACAAUCAAUAGUGUCGUUGGAUCGCAUAAGAAAGUGAAGGUUGCUCACGAAUUUUGAACUCGUUUGCAACAUCUCUUGGUAUGGAAAGAAGUCGUUGAUGCUAAAAGAACACGAGGUUUCAUCAAGUUUACGCCUUUUUUUCAGUUUGUGUCCAAGAAAAUUGGUGUUAAGCAUAGUGGGAUGUUCUUAUUUAUGGGGCAUUUUCAUUCUUCUAACAUUUGUUUCUUAAUUAUUGUUAGGAAUAAUUAGCAUUUCUGUCACUUGUGUUAGUAGAAAUGUAAAUUUAUUCUGUGCUGGAUUUGAGCUAACCAAACAAAUUCAGAGUACUCUUGGUUGGUUGUUCAACAUCAACAAUUGCAAUAAGAUAUAUCCUUUUUCCACUUGUUAACA